AUGUAUUCCAACAGUGCAGACAACCGUUCGUAUUACGAAAGUAUUUACGGAGAAAGAAGAUCUAUUCUAUCCUGUGAUUGUACGAAUUAUCGCUCUAUAGCGCCUCCGAGGCGGAUGAUCACGCAACCUCUGCCUGAACCAGCAGGAGAAGGAGGAUUCUUAGGUAAUGGCUAUUUACCUCCCGGAAUGCUCAACAAUCCCACAAACAUCUGUAAUGCAUCACCCAGAUCAAAUGAAGCAGCGGCAGCAGCAGCAGCAGCGGCAGCAGCGAAAGCAGAAGAAGAACUUGAAGGAAUCAAUUGUUCUCCAUGCUGUGACAACGACAAUAUAAGGAGAACAUUCCGAGGGAUUGCUUUAGGACAAAUCCUAUCAAUAUGCUUAUGUGGUACAGGAGUUUCAAGUCAAUUACUCUCAAACAAGGGAGUUAAUGCUCCGGCUGCUCAAAGCUUUACUAACUAUUUCUUACUUUGCUUUGUUUAUUGUACAGCCCUUUCUUGUAAGUCUGGAGAUGAUAGUUUAUUAGAAAUUAUUAAAAGAAGAGGUUGGAGAUACUUAGUAUUGGCAUUUAUUGAUGUUGAAGCUAAUUUUAUGGUAGUUUAUGCCUAUCAAUUCACAAACUUAACUAGUGUACAAAUAUUGGAUUGUUCCACGAUUCCAACAGUCCUUCUUCUCUCAUGGCUCUUCCUCUCCGUCAGAUAUCUCAUAACUCAUAUUAUAGGUGUUUGUUUAUGUCUUUUGGGAAUAGCCAUUCUUAUAUGGGCCGAUAUGUUAGACGGAAAAGGAACUAUUGGAGGUUCAAGCCAUUUACUAGGAGACGGCUUGUGUCUUGGUGGAGCUCUGUUAUACGCAGUUUCCAAUGUUUGUCAAGAAUUUCUUGUAAAACAGUACAAUCGAGUGGAAUAUUUGGGUAUGAUUGGCUUGUUUGGAAGUCUUAUUUCCGGAAUUCAACUAGCCAUACUAGAGCACAAGAACUUAUCAAAAGUCGAUUGGAAUUUAUCAACAAUCGGCUGUUUUGCCAUAUUUGGCUUUUCCAUGUUUAUAUUCUAUUCUCUGGUCAGUUAUGUUUUGCAAAAGACAUCAGCCUUGAUGCUCAACUUGGCAACACUGACAGCUGAUUUCUAUUCUUUCCUCUUUGGGAUCUUUCUCUUCAAGUAUAGUUUUAAUUCUUUGUAUUUCGUUUCUUAUAUAGUCGUCAUUAUCGGAUCCAUCAUGUAUUCUUUGAAGAAAACAGAGAUAAGAGACGCGGAUGAACCAAGACGAGUCUGUCCUUGUCUGUUUCUCUGUUGUUGCUGCUGUGAGUGUUGCUUCGAGGAUGGUGAAAGUACAGAAGGCUCUUUAAACAUUUCUCCCUUAUCAUCUGCUACACAUUCUUGUCCUAUGCACGGCAAUUCCACUUCACAAAGUAUUCGUUUAAGUGACUUCUCACGAUCAUAG